UCCCGGUCCUUGCCAUCUUUCGCUGAUCCGACCCUUGUCGCAAUAUCUGCUUUACCUACUUUACCUUUCUUUAAGCAUACCGGUAUCCUGCAUACAUCAAGCAUUACAGGCGUUCAUUUUCUUGUCUGCGUUUACUACGUCGUCACCAACCAUACUCGAGCCUCGACCACUUCGAUAUUCCGACUUUGCUUGUCGUUCACUUGACAACUACACCAUCAAACAUCUUGAACACUGCGAUAUCAGGCUCACACGCCUUUAUUGCGCCAUAUAUCUACACCACAUCGCCUGAGAUAACCAGGUCGAUCAAGUGUGGGACGUUUUCUAGCUCCUUCCCCUCGGUUCAUCUCGCCCGCCAGCUGUCAAAUUUGACCUGGGGCGAGACACUGUUACCGGGAGGAUUCGCCACCAGAAAAUUCUGGUGUUUGCGGAAGCCCACUCCUACAUCGUCGUAAUUUAUACACAUAAUAAUGUCUGUCUUCUCGAUAAUCAAGCGUGGGCGGGCCCAGGCCAAGGAGCACAGCGCCAAGCAGGCCGACAAAGACAAGACGGAAGCUGUUAAGCUUCCUUAUAGACAUGUGCCGACACAUGCGGCCACCGAUGCCAUAGCCACUGCCCCGGCUUCCUGGAAACAGGACGACAGAUCCAAGAUUAGGGAGCAGAACCGGAGGAGAACUGCCAUGGCAGCCAGUGGUUCGAGCCACAGCGGGUUGCCGCGUGUUGGAAGCUCCUUGUCUAAUGUUUCGUAUCCUUCGGUCUACGCAACUCCAGUUGUCCCACUUCCUAAGAACUAUAGCUAUAGUAGUGUACCAAGCUUGUGGCGUGAGAGAAUGGCUAGCACACCAGAGGUGGGGGAAGGAGUAGACUAUUUCGCCAUCCCAAGGGAUUAUAAGGGGAAGGGGAAGGAGAUGGUACCGGCAUUUGCCAUCGGUGCCAGUGGUACGGCCAGUCCAGUGAUGUCCUCAGGCCGGACCAGCCCAUUGUCUAGUAGAGCAGCGCCUGUAAAUGUCGAUAUCGGUGUAGCUGUCAGUAUGAACGUGGAGAAACUAAGCAGGUCUGAGGACGAGAAGGAGAUGAGACAGCAUGUUAUGAAGAGCAAUCAGUUUAUUCCUGAGCCGGUCCCUCGGCCUUCGAGCGAUAGUUCUAGCAAUGGUGAACGUCUUCAUCGCCUCCACCCUGCCCAUGCGCGAAAAUUGUCCGAAUCGCGUGCCAAUUCUAAUGAUCGCAAUUAUUAUCCGCCACCCGCUAGGAGUACUUACUUCUCAGCACCUCGUCCGGCAGGUCGCCGUGCCGAUAGUCUAGACAUGUCCACGUCCUCUGGCCUAGCUCCAUCGGGUAAGGUUUACGGCCACACGCCGUCUUCAGCUGCUUCAUCUGUCACGUCGAUUGGGAUGGCAAUCUCGACAGCUCCCACGUCUGCCGACUCAACACCGCCCCCAUCGACCACUGAAGGUUUGGUAACCUUAAGGUCACAGUCUCUUCAAAGUUUGGCUAGUGAUGGGACUGCGCCUGCGGUACAUCCGCGUAAAGCUUUUUUUGGCGGGUUUCGUCGAGGAUCCAGCGACACUAUUCGACUGUCUUCCAACGAGCCUAGCGAAAGAUCCCAAUCACAAGCUCCUUCUACCAGGGGAAGACGACUUUCCAAGUCACGGCCUCAUCAGUCAAGCGAUAGCGAGCGAUCCAUAAGUGCUAACAAGGUUCCCAUGGCUCCAGUGUCAUUCACGAAGCCUACUCGCGCGCAAACCGAAAGUAUGGUAUAUCAGCUUAACCAACUUGAAUCUACAUCGCCCUAUCAUAUCUAUGACCCUCAUACUACAUCGAAACCCCAACGCGGCAGAGGCAGGAGACUCAGCAAGGACCGACCUCCGAGCAGUCGCACACAGAACGGGGACACUAAUACAAAGUCUCGUUGGUCCUUCUUUGGUCGCCGGAAUUCUAUCACGGCAACUUGAACCUCAUAGACGUUAUUCUCUGAAAUAUACUUCCCAAGA